UAAUAGUCUUGCGGCCCUGGCUCCAACUCAGUCGUGAGGAAAAGAAUAAAUGAGUACUUAAUAUACAGUAUAUCUCAGUGCAUCUUUCUUCUGCAGUGUUCUGAAAGGAGGAAGAAAUGGCACAAAAUUCCUUUGCCGGCACCAAAAAGCUAGAAGGCAAAGUCGCCAUCAUCACCGGAGGGGCAAGCGGCAUCGGCGAAGCGACAGCAAGACUUUUCUCAAUUCAUGGAGCAAAAGUUGUGAUCGCUGACAUCCAAGACGAAAAGGGUCGAAUAGUAAACAAAUCAAUCGGGCCAAAUAACAGCAGCUACGUCCAUUGCGACGUAACGAAAGAAGAAGAAGUAAAAUCCAUGGUGGAAUUCACCGUUCAAACUUACGGCAAACUGCACAUCAUGUUCAGCAACGCCGGAAUCUUAAGAAAGCCUGAUGAAGACCCACCUGUCCUGGACCUAAAUCUGUCCGAAACAGACCUUAUUUGGUCGGUAAAUGCUCGAGGCAUGGCCGCGUGUGUGAAACACGCGGCCAAGGCCAUGGUGGAGCUCGGCGUAAAGGGGAGCAUAGUUUGCACCGGGAGCACGGCGGCCGUCUCCGGCGGAAUCGGGUGGUGGACGGGAUAUCACAUGUCGAAGCACGCAGUUUUGGGGCUGAUGAGAUGCGCGAGCAAACAGCUCGGAAAACACGGGAUUCGGGUAAACUGCGUCUCGCCGUCGGUGGUUGCGACGCCGUUGACGUGCGAAGCCUUGGAGGAAAGUGCCGAGGAAAUCGAGAAGCUUUUCCAAACUGGUACAAACUUGAAAGAGGUUGUGCUCAAAGCUGAAGAUGUUGCCGAGGCUGUCCUGUUUUUGGCUUCGGAUGAUUCUGGUUUCAUCACGGGCCAUAAUCUGAUGGUUGACGGUGGUCGUUGCUCUUAGCUGGCGGCGGACCAACAAAUGGCGAGAUUUAUUGCAUUAUUUUCUUUCUUUUUCUUUUUUUAAUCAUUUGUUUGGAUCCAGGAUUACUUUUUCUUUUUAAAAUAUCUGCAACCUCUGAUCUAUGAUAUGGAUAUCUCUGGAAUCUGGAAAAAUCUGUAUUUAAUUAGGUUUAAAAAUUC